AUGUGCCACUCCGCCAGCCCCUUCACAGUCAUGACCUUCCUCAACGACCUGUACAGCAGAUUCGACGGCCUUGUGGAUAUCUACAAAGUCUAUAAAGUGGAAACAAUUGGAGACUGUUACAUGGUGGCCGGCGGGUUGGUGGCGUACGACGAAGACGGGUACAAGUCCGUCAUCAGCGGUGCGGAGGAUCCGCUACAUGCCGCGAUACUCCGCGUGUCCCGGGACGUUCGUUUGCCGCACAACGGCCAACCGGUUCAGUUGCGUGUGGGUCUGCACAGCGGUCCGGUGACCAGCGGGGUGGUGGGGGACACCAUGCCCAGGUUCUGUUUGUUUGGGGACACGGUGAACGUGGCCAGUCGCAUGGAGUCCACCUGCCGACCUGGCAGCAUCCACGUAAGCGCCGCCACACGGGAGCGUCUGCCGAGCGAGCCGUGGCGGGACUUGGGCUUGACGGCGAUCAAGGGCAAGGGAUCCAUGCGCACCUUCGAGUGGGCGGGGGAUGUGGAGGAGCCCCUGCAGGGGCAACAGCUGCAGCGGCUGCUGGGGCUGUACCUAUGA